CACAACUCCCAUAGUACAAUAUUUUCCAGCUUUCAUUUUCCAAAAUGUCUGAAUCCACUCCCCCCCUUGACACCAGUCCAGCCAUCCGGCCGACCCGCACCUCCUUCGCAGGCCGCUCCGUGCGCGUUGAACCCCUGGCCGAGCAGCAUGUAGACGAUCUAUACCACCACAUUGGCCAGCCCGAACACACCUCGCUUUGGGACUACCUCCCCUUCGGACCCUUCGCGGACAAGCCCACCUUCACCCAGUUCCUCGACACGCUAAUCACCCAUGCCGACAGCGUCUUCUACGCGGUGGUCGACCUAACCCGCAACCAAGCCGUCGGCCUGCUCAACCUCAUGCGCAUUGACCUGGCCAACCGCGUCGUGGAGAUCGGGUCGGUAGUCUUCUCCCCCCUGCUGCAGCGCACGACGGCCGCGACGGAGGCGUUGUACUUGCUCGCGCGGGCGGCGUUUGAGCAGUUUCACUUUCGACGGCUGGAGUGGAAGUGCAAUGACCUGAACGCGGCGUCGAAGCGGGCGGCGGUGCGGUUGGGCUUCACGGCCGAGGGGGUCUUUCGACAGCAUCUGAUUGUCAAGGGGAGGAACCGCGAUACCGCUUGGUUCUCGAUUCUGGAUGGCGAGUGGCCCGCGAUAAAGGGGGGCUUUGUGAAAUGGUUAGACCCGAGUAAUUUCGAUGGGGAGGGGCUUCAGCGGGCGAGGUUGGAGGCUUUGCGCGGACUGUAGGCAAGGGUCCAGUCCAGCCCUUCUCCAUUUCUUUCCUUGUUGGAAUUAGAGGCAAUCUCGGCUCGGGGACAGUGGCAACCGUUUGGGGAGAAUCAGAGACCCCGGAUUAGAUAUGGUGACACUGGCACUAGAUGGAUAGGUAGUAUCGAAUUAA